AAAAAGACGAAAGAAAGCUGUCAAUCCCACUUUUUCCCCUGACAUUUUCAAAUACAAACUCCACGAGUUCACCUCAAAAGUAGACCUUUUUGACACCAUCAAGGGGAGGUAUAUACUGCGAAAAAAUCCGAUCGAAAAUCAGACAAAUUUCGUCGAUUUUGAAUAUUUUAUUUUUGCUUAUUUAUACGGAAUCUGUGUACCUGCAAUUUAGGGGUGUUUGUUUUUUGGUUUGUUUGUUGAGAGGUAAUAUGGAUUGGGAAUGGGCGGCGGAGUUUCUGAAGGGGAUGGUGAAGCCGGCGGCGGCGCUGGUGGUGGUGGCGCUUGCGGCGGUGCUGUCGUGGUUGCAGCGGCUGGGUUUGGAAGGGGAAAUGGUGUACUCGAUUCUCAGGGCCUUUUUGCAGCUUUCUAUUAUUGGGUUUGUUUUGGAUUUCAUUUUUAAUCAGAAGAGUGCUGUUUGGAUUGUCAUGGCUUAUCUUUUCAUGGUCUCUGUUGCUGGUUACACAGCUGGACAACGUGCCAAGCACGUGCCUCGAGGGAAAUACAUAGCCGGGGUCUCGAUUCUGGUCGGGACCUCGAUUACGAUGUUUUUGUUAGUGAUUUUAAAAGUAUUCCCUUUCACGCCGAGGUACAUUAUUCCGGUGGCCGGAAUGAUGGUCGGAAAUGCCAUGACGGUCACAGGCGUCACCAUGAAAAAGUUGAGGGACGACAUCAAAAUCCAAUUGAAUCUGGUAGAAACGGCACUAGCUCUCGGGGCCACCCCUCGACAGGCAACCGUGCAACAAGUGAGACGGGCGCUCGUACUUGCGCUAUCCCCGGUUUUGGACAAUGCCAAAACGGUCGGGCUUAUUUCUCUCCCGGGGGCCAUGACGGGCCUCAUAAUGGGCGGGGCCUCGCCUCUCGAGGCCAUACAGCUUCAAAUCGUGGUCAUGAACAUGCUCAUCGGGGCCUCGACUGUUAGUAGUAUCUUGUCCACUUAUCUUUCAUGGCCAUCUUUCUUUACCAAGGGUUAUCAGUUGGAGACUAAGGUUUUCUCUGUGGAAUAAAAUUUUGGGACUAAAAGAUUGAGUUUUAUGAUGUCUUUUUUGGCAAGUGAAGUUUAUAUGAAGAUGGUGUAAGAUAUGUGUGUUGAGUUGACUUGUUGAUAAUUGGAAAAUUUUGGUCCAAGAGGUACUUUUGUAGUAAAAUGUAGGAUCAUGGGCCAAAGCCUUGUGAAUUUGAUAAAUUGAAUCUAAAAUGGUAAGUGGUA